ACUGUUGUCAAUGAACUUGCUCCAAGAGCGCAAGGACCUCUUUCCUCUGGCGGUUUCUUCUUCGUUGGUGUUUCUCCACGAGGUAGCAUGAGCACAAAGUCGCAUUACCGCCACCUAAUGCUUGCGGAGUGUCAUUGUCUUCUUCAUUAUAUUAUAAUGAAGGAUGGUAUAAUAUAUGGCAUGCUGUUAUUAUAUUGUAUUUUAUUGUUGCUGUUUUUUUUUAUUGUUGACUUCUUUAUAAAUUAUUCCGAGAUUACACAUUAAUCAAUAACACUUAGCAGAUAUUAUGUAUUAUAUUAGUCUACCAUGCGGUAUUACUAGAAUUUGCUGGUAAAUCCUGGAACUCUGCUUGACAAAAUCAAGCCAGCAUGGCAUAAUGUGCAUCCUUUAAAAAAAAUAAUUUAACAUUUAAAAAAUACAUUUAGAUUCAAACUACAAAAUCCCAGUGUAACGUAAGAAUUGUCACAAAAGGACGAGGCGUACGUGAUUUGAUCUCACAGAAGAAUAUCAAGUUAUGAAGUUCAUCAACAGGGGGCCCCCUUUCAGCUUCAUACAGAAGCCAAACAAGCUUAACAACAUUUUAUCAUAAUCUUAAAAUCAAAGGCUACUUUAUACAGACAAGAGACUGAUGUAUAUUUAAAAAACUAUUAAAAACUCCAAAACCUUUUUGUCAAGACUCACCUCAGUCUGACAGCAUCACGGUUUUUGACGCUCCUGUGAACGUGCAGCGCGUUCUCGCAAUCAUCUGCGUGAACGAGCCUGCAUCGGCCGUGACGAUUACCUUUCAUCUCUCCUCCGAGUGUCCAAAACAUCAGCUAGGAUAAAACCACACCGACAUCCGACAUAAGAUGUCAGGAAUGAACCAGGUGCUUGCAACAUGCUGGACUUGCCUCCUCCUCUCUGCUUUCCUGUGUGAGCCCGUGCUGUCCAAGGGCGGUCGCGGAGGCUCCCGGGGUUCCUCUCGGGGGUCCCCCUCCCGCAGCUCCACGGUGGGGAGCUACCGAGGAGGAGGUGCCCACGGUGGUACCCGCUCUCGCUUCAGGGUGGCAGGGCGGACGUCCCCUGUGAGGGUGGCGAGCGCAGCAGCAGCAGGGGCAGCCGUGGCGCUAACAGCGGAUAAAUGGUACGCCUCUGCAUACCGCCGCAGCAAAGCCGACAGCUCAGAGGAAGAGCUGGAUUACUACAACAGGACCAAUUACUUUGAUGCCCUAAUGUCAGGAUCAACCCAAAACGGAUAUUCUCUCUCUCAGCUGGUUUCUAUCAUUAUUGCAACAUUCUCCCCAAAGUAUGGACUCCUCCUGGACAGUAUGCUGUAGAUGUUCGAGUUAUUUUUAUGAUAAAUACCUGAUUUGAUCAAGGACUGUGCUUCUGUCCUGGAUCUGACUAUAAUGUGCAGGACUGGCUGUCACCUGCACUGGGAAGAUCAGUUAGAGGCACAACAUGAGUGGUGGGAGGACACAACAGCCACAGAAACCAUCACUGUACUGUAUGUUUUUACAAAUAUAAUCAUCUAUACCAACAGACAAAUUGUACAUUACCAGCACAAUAUUCAGUGUGACUUUUCACCUCUCAAAGUCCAAUCUACAUGUUUGUGUGAAACUGGAGGUAGUUUCCUUCCCUAAAGCUUGAUUACUAUAUGACUGAGGAAAAUGUUUUAGCAGAAAAAAUGUCACAAGUCUUUAUAAAGAGUGCAAUCAAACCACUCGCUGCUACAUGUAUUUGUGCUGCCAAACUCAGUUGUAUCUUAAAAAUCUUUAUUUUCAUAAUAUGUACAGAAAUGCAAAGUGACCAAUUUCACUGCUCAGUACAACUGAGGUUAAAUACUUGUAUGCAUUAACAGACUUAUUUCUAAAUCUACAACCUGGAGUUUAUGUAGGACACUGAAGUGGAGGCACCCACUCAUUCCAUAAAGUUUCCUCAAGUUAACACCAGCAUUGUUCUGGCCCUGAAAUGAAAACUGCCAGGUGUAAUUAUUCCCCAGGACUUUUGGCUUUUAGAGAAAAACAAACAAACACACACACACACAGUCGAGUUUUUCUUGUUUUUUUUUUGUUUUUUUUUUUUUGUUACUCCAUUCUUUUUGGAAAUCUUAAAUUUAAGCACAGGAGUUAAACAACAUGCUUAGUGAAGACACACUACAAUAAGGUGAAAUCAUCUUCAAUUUUUGUAAAAAUCAUACCCUUUUAUAAGACUGGAAAUUGAGCUAAUUAAUUUCUCUUUCUUGUGUACAAUCACAGCUGGGAGGGACAAUAGAAAACUGCUGCUUUCACUGUUAAUCAUGUCUCCGAAAAGUUUCUGUCCAUCAACCCAGAAAAGCUUUUUACCUGCAGUAGAAAACUCAGGAGCAACAGACUGUUCCA